GGAACUGAAAAUUACUAUACAUUUAUAUUAUAUAAUAAUUAUACAAAAUAGCAUUUAAUAAUUUGAAUUAUAGAAUAUAGACGUUAUUGUAGCCACGGAAGGUAAGAUCGAAUAGAUUUAAAUCGAUUUCGUAGGUAUAAGCGGUUGACAUGGCGUUGAAAUUGAUCAGCCGGUUGUCAAUUGAUUCGACCUUCAGUCAUUUGAGCCAUUUGAGAGCCACCGCCCGGCCGAGACGAUCGUCUUUUACGUUAUUCGUGCGAACAUUAGCUGCUGCAGCCGACAAAAUGACUUUGCCAAUGGUUUUCUUUGAUAUGACGGCUAAUGACCAGCCUGUUGGCCGAAUUGUGAUGGAGUUAAGAAGUGACGUGGUUCCAAAAACUGCAGAGAAUUUCCGAGCUCUGUGCACUGGUGAAUUUGGAUUUGGUUACAAGGGAAGCACUUUCCAUAGGGUUAUUCCCAACUUCAUGUGCCAGGGUGGUGAUUUCACCAAUCAUAAUGGCACUGGUGGAAAAUCCAUCUAUGGUUCCAGAUUUGAUGACGAAAACUUUAUUCUGAAGCAUAAGGAACCUGGUGUUUUAUCUAUGGCAAAUGCUGGUCGGAACACUAAUGGUAGCCAGUUCUUCAUUACCAGUAAUAAGACAAGCUGGCUUGAUGGCAAACAUGUUGUAUUUGGGAAAGUUUCUGAAGGAAUGGAUGUUGUUAAAAAGCUAGAGGCAAUGGGAUCUGAGAGUGGAAAAACCUCGAAGAGAAUUGUCGUAGCUCAUUGUGGAGAACUGUAGAUCGUUUGAAUAGACACUAUAAUAUCUCCAUUUUUAUUUAGCUGUUGCUGUCUUUAUUGUAUAACUCGUCCAUUCCAAUCAUCACCUUUUUUUCUCCAAUAUCAUUUUAACACUUUAUGAAAAGAAAUGUACAUCUUUGAAGUGGAAACAACAAAUCUCACCUGCAUUGUAUUGUCUUUGACUACAAAUAAUAGAAUUUCAAAUACACCGUGAAUUACAACUCAUUGUUAUUAUCAUCUAUCAUUAACACAGUUUGAAUUAUUUUCCAUUACUACUUAUCUGUAAUUAGCAACACUCAUCUCACAUCCAAAAAUGGAAUAUAAAAUAGUUCAAGAAAUGUUAAGCCUCUAUUCUUCCAUGUAAUAAUCCUAUUUUUAAAUUGCAUUUGUUAUGUUAUGGCAUACCAAGAUAUGCGUGCUGCAAUUUCCAUUUAACCGCGGCUCCGUAUCUCAUUCAUACUCAAUGUAUCUAUGUAACUCUAAUUCGUAAAAAUCCAUGUCUUGACGAAAAUUACAGCGAUAAGAUGUUGAAUUUGCCAUGGCUAAACGCACUGCUAGAUAAUUCAAAAAGCAUUUCAUAAAAUAACUUUUUAUGUUAAAUCUAUAUGUUCUUUUGUUAUGAAGUUCGUAUCUAAACAGUAUUUGUGAUUACUGUACAACACAUUUAUUUGCAAGAUCAAUAUGCAUUAACUUUUCUAUUGUGCUUUUAUAUUUAGAACUAUAUUAAUAAUGCCUGUGCACAUAUUGUUUUCUUAGCGCAAAGUAAUACAUAAAAUGUAUGUUCAAUUGUUUUCAACUUUAUUAGCAAUUAAUGUCUUUCAAAUCACGAUUGGUCAUAUAAUGUAAUACUGGGUAUAAGGUAAUACUGGGCGAUGGAAUAUGUAAUUACAAGGAUUUUUACAAUAGUUUGAGGUUCAAUCAAAUAAAAUUGUUUCGACAAAUAAAUUUGUACGUUAUUCUUUAGGUUCAGUAAUUAAUAGGUAGUAAAUUAUAAUGUUGAACUGUCAAUUUGAUUGCCGGAAUCUGGGCGAAAGAAAGAAUAAACUUUUUUUUGAUUAAAUAAAUUUAUUUAUUUCAAUGAUACUUUUAAACAUUGAUUAUAAUUUCAAGACCUUAUAAGGAUUUUUGUAACCAUAUUAUUGUUAUAUUGUUUUACCAAAUAUAUUUAUAUAAGUCUAUUACAAUAAUUUAUGUGUAUUAAAAAGGGAGAAAGCGUAGGCACGAUACAUUACUGAAUCCGAAGACCGAUAAAAUUCGCUUCGUAGAUAGUGGUUUUAUUGUAUUUUAAAUGAAUAAACAGCUAAUCCAACAGAA